CUUGACGGCGGUUUGACCGAAUCGCUGGGAACGACAGACAGUUUACCGCCGCCGCUACUGCCUCCCCCUCCCUCCCCACCUCCGUCCGGUGCCUAACGGAGAAUUUAGCGACGCGACGGAGAAGUUUGCGGCGGAUUUAGCGGUUUUCCACGGCCACUCGGCUCUCGGUGCUCGGGGCGGCAGCUCGGAGUGUUCGUCCCCCCGCGGCGGGCGGCUAGCAUCGGUUACGGCCGCUAAAUAUGGUGGCCUGCUGGCUGGGAGACGAGACGAGCCCGGUCCGGAGCUGAUUGUUAGCGGCGCUCGGAGCGUCCUUGUGAACGACGGCGGCUGCGGACAUUUUUUUUUAUUUUUUAUUAUUAUUCCACAUCGUAUUUGGAGUUUUUUUGCGGACGCGAGGCUGCUGUCUCCGUCUCCAGCCGCCGUUGGUGCUCCGUGGAGCGGCGAUAAUUGAAAAGUUGUCCCCAGGCCGCCGCAAAGUUUCUGGGAAAGUUGCACCGACAUGCUGGAGGACGGAGCUGCGGCUCUGGAGGCUCCCGGCUCCCUGUGAGAUGUUUCGGAGCACAAGUGCGACCUGCUGGAGAUUCUUCUAAACAUCCAGUUUUGGUUCAUUAUCAGUCUGUGGAUUAUUAUGGAUUAUUAUCUUAUUAUGGCCUAAUCCAACCAGAGCCUGACCGGGAGUUGUGGGAUUAACUGCUGAUUUCAUUGAUGAUGAUGAUGAUGAAGACAGAGAGAAGCGAUGGUUUCCCUUCGUUGUGAUUUUGUGUAGAGAGGGGUUCAUUACAUGGAGACUCGCCUGACAUGCCAAGGAAGGAGUUGCCACUACCUGACGGUUGGGAGGAAGCCAGAGACUUCGAUGGCAAAGUUUACUACAUCGACCACAUCAACCAGUGCACGAGCUGGAUCGACCCCAGAGACAGGCAGACGAAGCCUCUGACGUUCGCUGACUGCAUCGGCGAUGAGCUGCCGGUCGGCUGGGAGGAGGCGUACGACCCCGUGGUCGGAGCGUAUUAUGUCGACCACAACACCAAGAGCACCCAGCUGGAGGACCCACGGGCCCAGUGGCAGCGGGAGCAGGAGGCCAUGCUGCGGGAUUACCUGGCCGUGGCCCGGGACGCCCUCAGCGCCCAGAAGGAGAUCUACCAGGUGAAGGAGCAGCGACUCCGCCUGGCCCAGCAGGAGUACCGGCAGCUCAACGACGCCUGGAGGGACAAGUCCACGUCCCAGACCAGCUUGAACUCCAGAUCGUCCUCGUCCAGCAAAUACGACCCAGAGAUCCUCAAAGCUGAAAUAGCCACUGCCAAAAGUCGGGUGAACAAGCUGAAGCGGGACCUGGCCUGUAUGAAGCAGGAGCUGCAGUACAAAGAACAAGGCUUUGCGACCCUCAAAGAGAUCGACCAGAAGGUGUCCAACAGUCCGUACGGCUACAAGCUUCAGGAGGCUCAGGCCAUCCUCAGCGAGGUUCGCUCCAUCCGAGACGCCAUCAGCUCCGGGGAGAAGGAGAAGCAGGAGCUCAUGCAGAAACUGGCGGUGCUGAAGGACGGUUUCCAGCUGGACUCGGGUUCUCAGCAGGAGCUUUGGGGCAGCAGUCCGUCGCUCGCCAACUCAGAGGCGUCCAUCCCCCGACUCUACUCUGACGCUGGCUCCCAAACCGACAUCCCCGCUGAGUUUAUGACCAGCACCAACAAACUGGCAGAAAAAGUUCGUCUGAGCCUGAAGUAUGAGGAAGCCAAGAGAAGAAUCGCCACCAUCGAGGUCCAGAUCGCCAAACUGGACAGCGAGGCGUGGCCGGGGCUGCUGGACCCGGAGCGAGACCGCCUCAUCCUCAUCAACGAGAAGGAGGAGCUGCUGAAGGAGCUGCAGUACGUCCGGCCUCGCCAACGCCUGGAGCCCAACGACGCCGAGAAGCUGGAGUCGGAGAAGAAACGCCUGGAGAGAGACCUGCAGGCCGCCAGAGACAACCAGAGUAAAGCUCUGACGGAGAGGCUGCGACUUCACUGCAAGAGGAACAAGCUGGUCAGAGAGCUGGAGGAGAUGGUUCGACUGGCCACGUCGCUGCACACUCAACUCAAAAGCCUCUCGGCCAGCACCUUGUCCUGUUCGUCCGGCAGCAGUCGAGGCUCCCUGACGUCCAGCCGUGGAUCUCUGGCCACCACCUCCAGCCUGGGAUCCACCUCCUCCCUCAGCUUCACAGACAUCUACCUGGAGCAGCCCGAGCUGGCUGACCCGGACUUCCAGAACAAGCUGGACAGCCUCCUGCAGGAGGGCGGCCAGGGAGGCUACCGGCCCUCCAGCUCCAUUACCACCAUCCAUGAACACGAGGUGGUGACGGGCUGUGGGGGAAGGGACUCUGGGAGGCUCGAGGGCAAAGCAGGAGUUGUAGGAGGAGAUGCAGGAAGUUCUGCUGGAGGAGGUCCAGGAGGUAAUGUCGGGGUGGAGUCGGGGUCUUCCAGGAUCCAGGCCCUCAGACUGUCAGAAACCCCUCGCUCCAUGAGCUCUUUAUCUCCGCGGUCGUCACUCUCCUCGCUGUCUCCGCCGUGUUCGCCGCUUGUCACGGACACUACCUUCUUGUCCGGAGAGGCUUUCGCGAGCCAGACGGGGCCUGGCGGGUUGGGCCUGGAUCUGGAGCUCCACAGCCGGUUAGCAGAGCUGGAGCUGGGCUUGGACUCUGAGGAGCAGCAGCAAGAGGAGCAUGGAGGUUCUGGAGGGCUGGAGGAGAAGCAGAACACCACGCUGGGAGAGGAGGUCAAAGACUCGACUCCUCAGCUGCGAGGGACGGGGGCGGGGCCAAAGAAGAUGGGCGUGACCUCGGCGGUGUCGGACGAAUCGGUGGCUGGCGAUAGCGGAGUGUACGAACCGUCGGAGCGCAGGCCGGGCCUCCCUGCCGACCUCCUGCUGGGCUCCUACGAGGAGAGGUUGGCUUCGGGCUGCUCUCAGGUGCAACUCGGCUUCCGUUACGAGUCCAGAGACCAGAGAUUCACCGUCUACGUCAUGCAGCUGUCCAACUGCAGCGCCCUCUGCCUGCCCACCGACCACAAAAUGUAUGUUCGCAUGGUGGUGCUGCCCUGCGUGGAGGCGACUCGCUGCCUCUUCCGAACUCGCAGCUCGCUGCCUCAGGACGUCGUGGAGUUCAACGAGGUGUUCGGCAUACAGAUCUCCCACAGUGCACUGCGGCAGAAAACCCUGAGGGUUGACGUCUGCAACACCAGCAAGUCCGGACAUGAGGACUGUCUGGCCGGAGCUCAGAUCAGUCUGGCUGACGUCAGCUGUUCGGAGGACCGACGCUCCAAGUGGUACAACCUGCUGAGUCGCGUCUACAUGCCCGAGAUCAGCAACAAGGACAAAGACGGCAGCAGAGCGUCAAGCGGUUCUGAUCGGACUCGUGUUUCCAACAGCGACAGAGUCGGAGCUCCAAUAGACGAUGAGUGGCAUGGCGACCCUCUGGAAGCGGAUAUAUUUGAUGACGAAGAAGGAAACGGCGUGGAGGGGGUGGGGCCUCUGGAGGAAGAGGACGAGUUUUAUCCUGACAGCAGCCAAUGGGAAGCGGAGGAAGAGGAGGAGGAAGAGGAAGAGAAGGUGACCAAACCUCCUCCUCCAGCAGCACUCGUCACAGAGAAGGUGAACAAGGAGACGAGCAUAGACAGCUUGUCAUCGUCCCAUCGCUGCUCGGUGGUUCGGCCCAAAGAGCGGCGCCCGGACGUCCACCAGCAGAACCCCUUCAUGAGGGGCAACACCAUCAUCCGCUCUAAGACCUUCUCACCUGGACCUCAGAGCCAGUACAUCUGCAGGAUUAACCGCAGUGAUAGUGACAGCUCCACUCUGUCCAAGAAAUCACCGUUUGUCCGAAACGCCUCAGAGAGACGCAGCAUGCGCAUGAAGAAGCCUCCGGUGCAGGUCAGAGGUCUGGACGGCCUCCUGAGGACCUCCCUGGACCUGGAGCUGGACCUGCAGGUGUCUCGGACUCGGCAGGCCCGGCUGGCCCAGGAACUCCGGGUCCUGCGGGAGCUGAAGUCGCAGCUGGAGAAGGCGAGGCAGCAGGGCCAGAGGGAGCUGCCGGCCUGGGUUCAGGAAGACGAGCGCUUCCGGAUCCUCCUCAGGCAGGCCGAGAAACAGACUUGUGAGGAGCAGCUGCAGGAGAAGCGAGUGGAGAAGAUGAUGAGGGCUGCAGCCAAGGACGUCCACAAGAUCCGAGGCCAGAGCCGCAAAGAAGUCCCCGAGGUCCAGACCUUCAGGGAGAAGAUGGCGUUCUUCACACGAGCAAAGACCUGCAUCCCCGACCUGCCGGCUGACGACGUGUAAAGAAGCAUUUCAAAGUAUUUUCCCUCCCGAGUCUUAACCUGCUGUUCCCUCACAUGAAGCAAAUGUUUGGCGGUGUAAUGAAGAAUUCCAAAAACAACAACAACAUAUUCACAAGUAUAAAAAACAAAACACUGAAAACAGUGAAGAGAGAAAUUUUUAAGGAGCUCAGCAUUUCUAAUGUGGAUAGUCUUUGUAAAUUAGUGAUAGCACUGCUAGAGCUUUUUUAUUAUUAUUAUUAUUAUUAUUAUUAUUAUUAUUAUUAUUAUUUUUCAGCUCUUCUGUUUUGUUUUCUGUUACUAACUGGCUGUUUAUAGGCUCUAGGUGUUUAAAAUCAUUCCAGGAACGACACGUUGACGGCACAAAGUAAAAUCAAAAACGGUACUAAAGAAAAAUCUAAGCAGAAUAACCAUCUGCACUUAAAAGAUAUUUAAUAUUCACAUCGUAUGUUUGUUUUUUAGAGCAUUUUGAAGAUUUUAUACUCAGACUCAAGCACACGGUCUUUUUUAUUUGUUUUUAAAUAUCAUUAUCAGUGAAACUUUUCCAUAUGUGUAAAUAUGGAUCAGAGUUAAAGUCAGUUAUAAUCCUUAAGAUUUUAAACUUAUGCUUUUCCUAUUUUGGAGAGUAUAAGUUGGGUUUGUUUUAUGGACAGACGGGAAACAACCUGGUUUAAUCAGCAGCACAAAACUGAGUUUCGAGUCGACGCUGAUGAAUCUAUUUUGUAGUUUUCAGGAGUUUAAAUCACCUCCUGAUGCUUGCAUCGACCUAGACUGGUAUCUUCUAGUCUCUCAGGUUGAACUAUUUAAUGUAAUAACUAAAAUUUUUAACAAUAUUUUUAGAAAUAAACAAGAAAUAAUCCAAACUUGUGGUCGUAACUUGAACCUAAACUGCCCCUCGAAGCCAAAACGCAGCAACUACAGACCAGAACCAGAGUUUUUUACCUCUUAAAAUGACUUUACAUCAUGUCUAAACUAAAGAAACGGAGCAGUAACACAUUUUUUUGUUAAUAAUGCAGUAAACAACUUCUAAAUUUUAACAAUCAGGGCCCCGUACAGCUAAGUAAGUCAAAUCUCUUAACCCUCUGAACCCCAAACAGAGUCUGGGUGUUGAAGAUACAUCCAGCGUGAUGAAACAUCUUUCUGCAGCUGAUGUACAAAGAAGAGAAGAAAGAAAGUUUGUUUUUACAACCUUGACACACUUUCUCUCUCUACUCUGAACAUCGGCUGUAGAAAGAUGUUUCUCCAUGCUGGAUGUAUCUCCAACACCCUGCUCCUCUGCUCACUGUUUCUGAGCCAUGCUGCAUUCGUCUUGUGGUUUUCGUCUCGUUUUUGUGGUUUUCUGUCUCUUUUAUGUCAUUUUGUCUUGUUUUUUGUUGUUCUGCGUCUCGGUUGUGUCUCUUCUUUGUCAUCUUGAGUCUCAUUUUUGUGGUUUUGUGUCUCGUCUGUGGUCGUUUUGUCUCCACAUACUACGGAUACUAAGUUAUUUCCAUGUUUUCAGCCUCUACAAACUUUCUCUCUACUCUGAACGCCAGCUGUAGAAAGAUGUUUCACCAUGCUGAAUGUAUCUCCAACAACUUGCUGCUCUGUUCACUGUUUUUGAGCCAUGCUGCAUUUAUUUUAUCGAUCCAGUAGGUUUAAUUUUCCUCUCUGCUCUGUGGAAACACUGCCUGCAGUUCAGUCGAAAACUUUCAGAUUUUUUGACUGCUGGUCACAGCUCAGUCACUCGUGACUUUUUUAGUUGUACCGAGGUGCUCAGAAACAUUUUAUUUUUUUGCAGAAUCUGGUGCUACAUUUUUAUAUAAGAACUAGAAUGUGGUUAUUUUUUCCAAGAGAUGCACACGUCUCACAGGAUACCUUCACAGACUGUUGGAAAGUUGAACAUUCGGUAAUUUUUUUGUGUUUCACACUUGCUGGCUCUGAUAAAUGGUGUUUUGUUUUUUUUUCUUUUUUCUAAAUUAAACAAAAAGCAUACCAUUAAAAUGGCAGGUUUUGGGGUUUGGAGGGUUAAUGCGGCUCUUUUCAAAGCAAAACUUGUGAAGCACAAAUCAAAUAUACUUUUUUUUUGGUAAAAUAAAGCAGCUGUAACUGAUAGUUUUAUAGCUAGAGACUAGCUACUGAACAUAUUAUAACAUUUAGCACCUAAAAAGUCCAAUUUUCCCUUCAAGAGGUGGUCGAGACCAAAAAUGGAGCUAAAAUAGGGUAAAUAAUGCAGCUGCAUUUCUUGCAUUUAUUUAAAUGUCCUUUAUGGUCUCUCCUGUGACACUUUGGGGCUACAAAAAUCAGCUUUUAAAGAUUUUUUUUUCUGUUAGUGCUGCAGUUCUUCUGUAGUUUCUUCUCUCUACCUUCGUGGGGCAGCGUUGUGAAAUUAUCUACAAAAUUACUCUGUUUCUGUAUUGAGAAACAUCAAGGAUUUCAGAAAAUAAAGUCUGCAAAAUCUGAAUUUAGUGAGAAGAAAAAUAAAUCCUCUACCAACGUAUAACUACUGUUACCGCCAUUAACCACCAGGUGUCGCCACAUCAACCCGAACUGAAAUCUUAAGCAUUAUAGGUUCCGUAGCUUCAAAUCAAGCUGUACUUUUUAAUGUAAAAUAAUCGGCUGAAGCUUGUCUGACGUUAUGUGUACGCCAUCGUUCACUACGUAAAACACUACACAACAACUGAGAGAGGAAAAAAAAUCACCAGGAAGACUAUUCUAAAGUUUAAAGAAAAUGUUGUCGUAAUUUUAGUCUCACACACAUUCAGCAAAGUGUAGAAACAGCACUAACUCUCACUAACACUCAGGUAGUUGAUCGGAUAGUCUGCACUUUAAGAAACUUGAGGUUUUUAAGGAAAAACACUAAAAAAAAGAAACUUGAUGUGGGUUUUUGGAAAGUUAGUUAUACAAGAAAAGACAUCCAGAAGCCUUUGCCUCACGCUGGAAUGAUUGUUGAUUGUUGAAGCACACGAUGAUUGUCGAAACACACACAGGACGUGAAGAUCCAAUGUAUUUUUGAUGACUGUGAACUACUUACUGAUUGUAUGAUUGUUAGACUGGAAACAAAAAAACAGCCAAUAGGAAGACAGAAGUCCAGCUUAAGGCUCCUGCACUUCUCUCUGAUUGGCUGAUUUCUGCCCUGAUGAAACUUAAGUUUGUUCAGCUUUUAUAGUUUUAAUUUCCCCUGCCUUUCCACAACGUAACUGGAUAUUCUGGAUACAUAUCUGAAUAAAUAACUGGACGUUCAGUGGUUAAAUCAAGUCGAGUCACAUUAGCGUGGUGCCCCAGCAACACUGAACUUUUGAUUUUCUCUGCUCUAGUUCAUAGAUUUGCCUCAAUACUUAUCAAAAUGGCUCUUUCUCGCAGCUGUAAAAUAUAUUCUGGGUUUUUUUUUUUUUCAGCUUGCGAGCCUUGAAAGAGAGUCAAUAUUGGACUUGAAAUUCAUCAGGUGGCCACAAACAUGACUCCAAAUGGAUAAAAAUGUUUUUCUGUAGCCGCUGGAUAUCGAUUUGUUUACCAGAAGAACUGUGUAUGCUGCCCCCUAGUGGCCAAAAAACUCAAAUAUGAGCGAUUCAACACAUGCAGAGUUACAAAAACAUGAUUUUUUUUUUCUUGAAUACAACAGAAACGAACAAUUUGUUCAUUCAAAUACUGAUAAAAAAUGCUUUAUUGGAAAAAUGAAUCACAGACUUCAUUGUUGCUGGGUCACCGAGCUAAAAGUGUGUAUUUUGGGUACGUUAUAUUAUUUUAUAUCCACAUUUUCAUUCCCGAUGUUAACAAGAAUGUAACCGACAGAAACCUAGCUGCUGCUGCUGCCAUUCCAGAUUUCCUUUUUUACUUCUUUAAGACAAACAGCAGCUCAUAAACGUGUUUUUUUUUUUGUGUGAUUCAUGAGUUAACCAGGAAGUUAUUUUGCCCGUCUCCAUUGAAUGUUGCUUUUCUUUUCCCUCCCAAGUCCUUUCCUGAUCUCCAAAAAUGAAAAUCAGUCUUGUUUUCUGAUAAGUAUACUCUGUAAUUGUUUUCAAUCCACAUUAAAGUAAAGAUAGUCGCACCACAUUCAGGUAGCAGUAGGAAUAUUUUGCACAGGUGUCUGUAAGAACCGUAAAUAUCACAGAAAUUCACGAUCGGACACUCUUUAUCCCUCGUCUAGAGAGGACUUGAUGGGUUUGGAUGUUGUUCGGCUGUAUUCACACAGCAGGAAAUAAACAUUUAUUAAAUUCUAUUAAAGCCUGAUUUCAGUCUGAACAGUCAGUGACCCAACAAAAGAUCGAUACCAAAGAUUUAACACCGGAUGAUCUCGCUGGAACAGAACCAUUCAACCGAGCUGAACUCGUGGAACCUGUCGGUGUUAUAAGCCAGGAUGAAAACAUCCUCUAAAAAAUAGAAUACAGAUAAAAAUUAGACCUUUUUUUCAGUUGACCAGUGGGAACACUUGAGUGCAGUUCUUCCAGUCAGUUUGACUCUUUUUUAAAAACGGGUUUAGAAAUUAUACAUACAUAUUUUUUAGUAUCAUGGUAGAAAAGGUUCAUAUAAAUGGAUAAACUCCAAGCGACUUAAGGUGGUUUUGACUUCUCUAACAAGUUAACACACUUCAUAGAAGAUCAAAACAUCUUUUCUAAGUAACUUCUGGUUUAACAAACAUAUAAGUCACUACCAGUCAACUAGUUCUUUCAUCGUCUUGUCUGAUGCCAGCUGACUUGAAUGAAUUAAAAAUGUCUGUAAUUGAUAUUUUCAUGACUAGAGACUUGCUGAGGAACACAGUGGAGUGUUUAGCAGCAGCAGCAGGAAGUGGUGGAGACCAAAAAUAGAGCUAAAAGUGAGAAAAUGUCGGACUUUUGCUACAAACAUGACUCUAAAUGCAUGAAAAUGUUGCUCUGUUGCUGCUGGAUGUGGAAAUAAAAAUCUGUUUAUUUGCCACAUCAGCUGCUUCUGCUAUUCCAAAGUGGCCAAAAUAUUCGGAUUCGGAAAGUUCAAGAAAAUAAAUAUUACAUUACUUUAUAUCAAAGUGUUAAGUGAGAGAGUAAACAAUGAGUAAGGCAUCUAUAAUUCAUUUUUCAUGAAUAGAGUUUUGCAGAUGAGGGUAGUGAAGCGUUUGUCAACAGAAAGAGACAGAACUGAACCAUUUGAAGGUAGUGGAGACCAAAAAUGGAGCUAAAACAGUGAAUAUUGGACUUAGACUGAUCAGGUGGCCACAAAUAUUACUCCAAAUGGAUGAAUGUAGAUGCUGGAUGUUGAAAGAAACACUUGUUUGCUCAACAAAUCAAAUGUUUAUGCUGCCCCCAAGUGGCAAAAAAAUCGUAAACAAGAGUUGGACGAAAUUAAGCUUUACAAAAACAUGGAUUUUUUUACUUGAACACAAAUACAACAUACGUCAACAACUGAUAGAAAAUACAGCAUUGGGAAAAAAAAAUGUAUCAUAUACUUGACUUGCCGCCGGAUCACCAAGCUAAACCCGUGUACUUUGGAUGCGUUUUAUUAUUUUAAAUCAACAUGUCUCCAUUCCUGUCGUAAACAAGAACAUAGCUAACAAAAACUGUCUUGAAAAAUGCAGAUUUUAUGUCAAAAAGCGACUUUUCAACUGCAGGAACUUGGUUGCGUUUCCAGAAACAAACCCCUAAAAGCCACGUUUAGCCUUUCUGUUAAUGGACAACUUUAUGAAUUUUACGUCGUUAGCCGUUUUAUCUGGUGUAGGAACCAUUUCCUCCCAUAAAAAGAGCCCUGAAAUAGGUACUACAGGGACGGUUCUCACAAUUAGAACAUGUUUAAAGGUUCAGGACGCCUUAAACAAAUCUUGAUAUCUAUAGAGUCGGAAAUGACUUAACUAAAGAGGUUUGUGGAGUGUUAAGGGUUGAUGUUGAAAUGUACCUGAAGUAGCAGCAGCAGAACAGUAGGGGGCAGCGCUGCUCAUCAGAAAAGACAUCAAGAAGCUGCCCCAUCAUCAUGAUAAACUAGAUCUGUGUUUAACCCUCCUGUUGCCCUCAUUCACAGGCACAAAAAAUAUUGUUUCCUUGUCUGAAAAAAUACAAAAAUUCAGCAAAAAACUCCUAAAAUUUCAGAAAAUUUGCAAAACCUCCAGGAAGAAAAUUCCAAUAAUUCCUUAAAAGUUUCCCUUAAAAGUUUUAUUUAAAAAAAAAAAAAAAAAAUCCCCCAAAUUUGGCAAGAAAAUUAUUGUAAAUAUUUUCAAAAAAAUGAGAAAAAUCUUCCAAAAAAAUCCUAAAAAUAUCUAAAGCGAUUACAUGUACAUUAGUAAAACUUCUAAUAUUUUCUUUAAGAACAUUCACAAAAAAUUCUGCGAAAUUUGCUGAUUUUGGUUGUUUUUUUGUGAAUGUUCUUAAACUUUUUUUUUGGCAUUUUUUUUCCACCAAAAAAUGCUAAAAAAUUUCCCAAAAAUGUUGAAAAUGUGGACACCAGAAGUUUCACUGUGAAAUUAUAUAUUUUUUUCCACAUUUUCAAACUUUAAAACGUGUCAAUUUUGACCCGCAGGACGACACGAGGGUUAAGUUUCCUGAGCUGUGAUCUGACUGUUCAGACUGAGGCCUUAAAUACAUCAGACGAGGAUGAAGGUGUCGCUAAGAAUCAAAAACAAACUCUUGUGAACGCAGCCGUUACCGCCGGGGGUUUAACCGCAGCAGGAACACUGUGAAACGAAUGAAAGUGUUUGGAGUUACGUGAGAGAACGUGCCUUUGGAGAGCAACGUGUAAAAUAUUACUGGUGUAUUCUUUUUUUUUUUUUUUGUCUUAAAUGUCCGAACUCGGCAGCUGUCGUCUGAGGCGAGAAAAAACAAAAAAAAUAGCUGUAGAGGGACAUUCAUUGUGUGAAUGUGAGCAGUUUUCUUUCACUGUAGAUCGAAUAGAUUGAGAAACUGUCCGUAGCGUCUGUUUAAAGUUCACCGAUUAACCUCGAAAUCAAACACGUCUCUGUGUAACCACGUCUGGAUGAAGGAAUGUAGGUUUUUGCUACGAGAAAUCAUUCAGAGAAUAAAAACCGAAUGCUGUUAGUCACGAUGAUUCAUCGCGUAGGUUGUGACAUCCUUCUUGUUUGUUUUUUUGAAGUUUUUUUCCUCGUUUGCUGAUUUUUUUCUAAUGAAUCUGUUUGUAUUUGGACUGGCGAUGAACCCGGUGUUGUGUACGCAGGCGGCUAUGAGAAACAUACAGCAUGUAUUUAUUGCACUUUUGUGAUUUGGGUGUGCUUUUUCCUGUUUUUUUUUUUUUUCUUUUUAUCGCGAGAGUCCCGAAAAGCUGUGAAUUUUAUUCUCAGACACUGUACUGUCGACCAGAGUUGUAAAUAUUUCACCAGCACAAAAAACAACAAAAAUAAACGAUAUGUUUUGUAGUUUCACAACAAAUAAAAAAGUUCUUCUCUUCUAA